AUGGCUCUCUUUCGGUGCAGGGUUGUUUCUGCUCCUGGCAAGGUUUUGAUGACUGGGGGAUAUCUUAUUUUGGAGAGACCGAAUCCAAGGCUUGUUCUCAGUACAAGCGCUCAUUUCUACACCAUUGUUAAACCUCUUCUCGAAGAAAUUAAGCCCGAUAGUUGGGCCUGGGCAUGGACAGAUGUCAAAGUGACAUCUCCUCAGCUUAAUAGAGAAAGCAUGUAUAAGUUGUCAAUGAAAAAUCUGACGCUUCAGAGUGUUUCAAGGCAAGUUUAUACUGGGGAGUCGGGGAACCCUUUUGUGGAGCAAGCAGUGCAGUACUCUGUGGCAGCUGCAUAUGCUACAGCUGACAAGGACAUGAAGGAAGUGUUACAAAAACUACUACUGCAAGGUCUUGAUAUCACCAUUUUAGGUAGCAAUGACUUUUAUUCAUAUCAGAAUCAGAUUGAAGCACGUGGACUCCCUUUGUUGCCUGAAUCAUUGGCUGCUCUUCCUCCUUUUGCAUCAAUUACUUUCAAUUCUGGGGAAUCCAGCGGAGAAAAUAGCAAGCCAGAAGUUGCAAAAGCUGGAUUGGGUUCAUCUGCUGCUAUGACAUCUUCGGUUGUUGCUGCUUUGCUUCAUUACCUGGGAGUUGUUGAUCUUGCUCACGUGAAGGGCACUGCAGAUCUGGAUGUGGUGCAUAUUAUAGCUCAAACUGCUCAUUGCAUUGCACAGGGGAAAGUUGGCAGUGGAUUUGAUGUUAGCUCUGUAGUUUAUGGUAGCCAUCGUUAUGUCCGUUUUUCACCAGAAGUAAUCUCUUCUGCUCAGGUUGCCAUAAAAGGUGCUCCCCUGGGAGAAGUGGUUAUCGAAAUUUUAAAAGGAAAAUGGGACCAUGAGAGGACAAAGCUAUCCUUGCCACCAUUAAUGAAUCUUUGGAUGGAGCAAGCCACUCAACAAAGUCAAGAGGUCAUUGCCAAAGCUUUAUUAGGCGCCAGAGUUGCUAUGCUUGGGAUCCGGUAUCAUAUGCGUCUGAUGGGCGAGGCUGCAUGCAUUCCGGUAUAUUGAUCUGUCUUUGAUUGGAUUCUAGUCAGUUCAAUUGUUACAGUUAGGGUUUCAGUAUAACUUUUAUAUUUAUUAUUCCACUUUUAACUGUUUUAGUAAGAAAUCACCAAACAAAAGUGUACAACUU